UAAAACUUAAUUAAACAGCUAUUUUUCAAUUAUUAAAAUGUUAGAGUUAUAAAUUAAAUGCUCAACGAAAUUUAAUAAAAAUUAAUAACCUUAUUUUACGAAAUUUAAACAAAUAUUGUAAUUACAUUAGUCCUAUGAUAAAUUUGUAUACCCUCCACGAACAUACUACUGGUCACCCGCAUUAACUACAUCUUCGACGUUACUCUACGAGGAAAAAUGAACAAGCAGUAACGACGAAGACUGGAAGACCUCGAACCGGUACAAGUUGAGCAGACGAGAAAUAGUAGAAGAAAGAGAAGUAAACUGUGAGUGUAUCAUGAGAGUAAAAGUCUCUAUCAUGCAAGAUUUACAAAUAUUUAUACUUGAAAAUUAUAAAAUGUAAAAACAAUUUUAAAAAAUUAUUUCUUGAAUAUUAAUUAAAUAUUUGGAAGCCGAUGAGGUCGAUCUCAUUUGAAAAUUUGAGGAGGCUCGUAAGCCGUAAGAAGGAUCGUAAUGAGCCAUCCUUUAAACGCAGCGAAUCCUUCAAAAGAAUUUCAAUACGCAAAAGUUAUUUAGAUCGUGGUAAACGACGAAAUAAACAACAAAAAUCCAACAAUGAUAUUUCGAAAAGUGAUAAUACCAUUGAAAUUGAACAAAAUGAUUCUCGAGAGUUUAUUAAAGAAAUUGCUACGUCAAAGUGUAAUCAAAAUAUUGAAGAAACAAAGGUUAAAAAGACUGAAGGUACAAUAGGUUAUAAUGAAUGGCUAAAUGACAUAAAUGGAUAUCAAGAAAAAUGGAAAGAAGAAUUAGAGAUUCCUGUACAGCUCAUUUCAAAACCGAAGAUUCCGAAGCCUCCAAGAAAAUCAAACCCAAGCAAAAAUCCUGAUUCUAUAACAAAAGAAUUUGGCAUUCUUCGACUUGAAAGUUCUCCUGUAUUCAUGAGAUGUUCGAAAAUUAACUCUGUCGAUUCGACAACACGUAUUGAAAAUAUCUCAGAGUCUUUAGAAGACAAUCAAUUGACUCACGAUCUUUCGUUGUCUAUGACAACCGCUGAAGGGCCACCUAGUAUCAGUGUAAGUCUUGGUCGUGUGUGGUUAGAAUCAGUACCAGUUCCUUUCCCAUCUCCUCACGGAUUAUCAUCAUCUACUUCUGUUAUUCAUCAUUCGUUAGACAGUGCGCUGAAAGAACGAAAACAAUCGGGCCAGCAUCAAGUUGCACGAACAGUGUCUGCACCAGAAAAGAGUCGUGCAGUAGUUUCUAAAGAUUGUUCAUCCCUUGAUGAAAUUUCAUUAUCCGUAUCAAAGGUAGCUGAAUCAAAAUGUAAAAAAAACGGAUUCUUCCGGAAAAAAUCAUCAAAACCAUCACUUACUACUAGUAAAGAAGGCUAUUUUAAACGAUCAACCACUCAUAGAAAUUCAAGCAUACCUAUAAGAAAUGAUGAUGCUAUAAUUAUCAAUAAUGUUAAUAAAAGUAGUGAGACAUCAAAAUCUAAUGAUCAAAUGAAUUUCGUAACUCCUGAAAAAAGAAGUUGUCGGAAGGCACGCCGAGUGUGGCAAGAAAUUAGAUAUUCUACUGUUGAUGAAAGUCCGUCUAUUUUGGAAGAAAAAAAAAUGGAUGAUUGGUCAUCCAAUGUAUCUGAUGAAUUUGAUGAUCAUCAGCUGUUGCUUUCUGGUGACUUUAAUGAAAAACGAGAACUGUCAAAUUCAAUACAUAGUUCAUUUUCUUCAAUGAUGACUUCAUCAUUUCUCUCAUCGUCAUCAUCCAAGUCAUCUAGAGGUUACGAAUGUUCUAGUAAACCAAAGAUCAGUGACUUUAAUGAAGAUAAAAUAUUCUCCAAAGAAUUAAGAGGAGUAUUGGAACAGCGACCAAUCUGGCAAUCAUCUAGAUUUAUUGUCUCCUCGUCAAAUUUCUUUGCUAGCAAACAGUUCUUGAACUUUUUAGCUAAAGAAUCUGAAGUUCAAAUUAAAAUUGAGCCACAAGAAUCUGUUAAAUACAAUGGAAGUUACUAUCAUUGUCUAUCAUCAAGUGAGAGUGAAACAGAACAAAAAAAACAACUUAUUGAUAAACGAAAGAUCCAGGUAAAUCAUAAAUGUUAUUUUUAUAAGAAUGACCAAGAAAUCAAACAAGGUGAUUAUACAAUUAAAUUUGAAAAAUCAAAACCACCUAAACGACGUCCAUUGCGACGAAAAUCGCAAUUAAAGCGAGCUAAUGGAACAAGACAACCGGUUUAUCCAGUUCGCAAGUGUUCUUCAUUGAGAAAAAAAUCUAGAGAUAUAACGCAAAAAGGUUAUGAAAAAAAACGUACACGUCUCCUACAACAAUAUGCUACAAAACAAAUCGCAGGAGGUGGAACCGGAUCUGGCGGUGGUGGCACAGGUGAUAGCGGGGGUGAUAGAACGAGUUAUGGAAGCGGUGGUGUUGGUGGACGUCCACAGCCACGUGCAAGACGAACCCAACGUCGAGUCACACAUUCAGAAAAACGUUAUCACUCAGGAGGCCGGCUAGUACCUGGGGGCAUUGCCAAUCCUCCGGGAUCUGGCAGCUCGGCGGGGAACACUGGAGCUAACGCAAAUUCUGCUGCCGCUGUGAGACGCGGAAAUCGUAGACUUACGCGAAAUGAGAGCCGAUAUCACUCUGAAGUACGGCAGGAAGCAGUUCAACAAGCCCUGGCAGCAAUGCAGAGUAGACCAAAGCCUUCACUUCCAAUGCCAUCAAAAAGAACAUCUGUGAUGGCAAGAAGUCCAGAUCGAGAACUUCGAGAUAGUGGCGAGUCUAGUAGCGAUGAAGACAGUGUUGUUACAGAAGAAUCACCAGGUGCCGGUGGUCCUACUGGAACUGGUCUUUCAGAUACUAGUAGCACAGGUUCAGCACGAGAUACACCACCACCGCCUAGACCACCAGCUAGAAGACCACCACCAGCUGACAUCACUGAUAUUGCCGAGUAUACUCCGCAUGCCUACUGUAAUAUUCAGCCACCGGAUGUAACUCAUACUACGCAAUCAAGAAGACCCGGUGCUGACCGCGUUAAUCGGUACCAUGUAGUUGAGGAAAAUAAUACAGGAACAACGGGACGUUGGAAAGUAUCAGCUAAAAUUCAACAACUCUUGAAUACAUUAAAGAGACCUAAAAGAAGACCUCUGCCAGAAUUUUAUGAAGAUGAUGAUAUCGAAUUGGAGAUCGCUGCUAAUCCAAAAGAUCCAAAUGCUCCUAAACCAGAAGGUGGAAUUAUGACUUCAGCUAUUGGAGAACAAUUAUCAGUACCAUCGGGUUUGCCAAGAUCAUUGGAAGCUGCUAUUCAGAGGUAUGGUUCGGCAACAUAUAAAGCUUCAGCGGCAACAGUUUUGGAUCCUAAUGGGAAGCUCUGUGUUACUCUUACAUAUGGCAAACUGCUAAGUCGAUCGCACAAAAUAGCAUAUACACUAUUGAAUAAAGCUUUGAGUCGCAACGUUGGUGAAUGCUGUCUUAAGCCUGGUGAUCGAAUCGCCCUUGUCUAUCCCAACAAUGAUCCUAUUAGCUUUAUGUGUGCAUUCUAUGGUUGUCUUCAAGCAGGAAUAGUUCCAGUACCAAUUGAAGUACCGCUGACCCGUCGUGAUGCUGGCUCUCAGCAAAUUGGCUUUCUCCUCGGCAGCUGCGGUAUACAGGUGGCACUGACCAGCGAGGCGUGCCUCAAAGGCUUACCGAAGACUGCUGCUGGUGAGGUCGUUGCCUUCAAGGGCUGGCCAAAAUUACAUUGGUUUGUUACUGAACAUUUAGGAAAAAUUCCAAAGGAUUGGUUACCACCUCCACGAUUAACUGAUGAUACCCCAGCAUAUAUUGAAUAUACAACUGACAAAGAUGGUUCUGUGAUGGGCGUUACAGUGACAAGAGCUGCAAUGCUUGCACACUGUCGUGCACUAACGAUGGCUUGCGGCUAUACUGAGGGUGAAAAUACUGUGUGUGUGCUAGACUUCAAACGAGAAGUUGGACUAUGGCAUAGCACUUUAACAAGUGUGCUUAAUGGAAUGCAUGUCAUUUUUAUACCUUAUGCUCUGAUGAAAGUUAAUCCGGCAAGUUGGAUGCAAAUGAUAACUAAGCACCGUGCAAGUGUAGCUGUUGUAAAGUCUAGGGAUCUUCAUUGGGGUCUUUUGGCAACUAAAGAUCACAAAGAUAUAUCUUUGUCUUCUAUUAGGCUAUUACUUGUGGCCGAUGGUGCUAAUCCAUGGUCUCUUUCCUCUUGCGACCAGUUUCUCUCAGUUUUCCAAUCAAAAGGUCUUCGACCGGACGCUGUUUGCCCAUGUGCUUCAUCUAGUGAGGCUCUGACCGUCUCUAUUAGACGACCGGGACGUGCUGGCGUUAAUGCAACCGGUCGUGGAGUUCUUUCUAUGUCCGGUUUAAGUUACGGUGUUGUACGUGUCGAUCAAGAGAAUUCUCUUACCUCUUUAACGUUACAAGAUUGCGGACAAGUCAUGCCUGGAUCUAUUGUUGUAGUAAUAAAAAUGGAAGGUCAACCUUUCAUUUGUAAAACAGAUGAAGUUGGAGAAAUAUGUGUACACAGCUCUGCAACUGCAAGUCAAUACUGGGGAUUACAGGGUUUAACAAAUAAUACUUUUAAAGUAUCGCCAUUGCAGCCUGAUGGAACAGCUGUGGGUGAUGCUGAAUAUGCGCGUUCUGGCCUACUGGGUUUCCUUGGUCCAGGUGGUUUAAUUUUUGUCUGCGGCUCACGCGAUGGCCUAAUGACCGUCACGGGGCGAAAACACAAUGCUGACGACAUAAUCGCCACUGUACUAGCGGUAGAGCCUAUGAAAUUUAUAUACCGCGGACGGAUAGCUGUUUUUAGUGUACGAGUUUUAAGAGAUGAAAGAAUAUGUGUUGUCGCUGAGCAACGGCCUGACUGUAGUGAAGAAGAAAGUUUUCAAUGGAUGUCACGAGUGCUUCAAGCAGUUGAUUCUAUUCAUGCAGUUGGAAUUUAUUGUCUUGCUUUAGUACCUCCAAAUUACUUACCUAAAACACCUCUUGGUGGGAUUCAUUUAUCUGAAACAAAGAGACGCUUUUUAGAAGGAACUUUACACCCAGCAAAUGUAUUAUUAUGUCCCCAUACUUGUGUUACCAACUUACCAAAACCGCGUGAAGUUCAUUCAGCGGGGGAUUCUGUUUCAGAUGUUGGUCCAGCAAGUGUUAUGGUGGGCAACAUUGUCCAGGGUAACCGACUUGCAUCAGCUCAAGGACGGGAUUUAGGUGUACUCGAUGAAGAUAGCGAUAAUGCAAAAAAGUAUCAAUUUAUUUCUGAAAUUCUUCGAUGGCGUGCGGUUAGUACAUCAGAUCAUGUAAUUUUUACAUCACUUAAUGCUAAAGGAGCUGUUGCAACUUCUCUAUCAUGCUCUCAACUUCAUAAAAAAGCUGAGAGAAUUGGUAAUCUUCUAUUAGAUCGUGGAAGAAUCAAUACUGGGGACCAUGUGGCUUUAAUAUUUCCACCAGGAACUGAUUUAAUUUGCGCUUUUUACGGUUGUCUUUAUGUUGGAGCUGUUCCUGUAACUAUAAGACCACCUCAUCCACAAAAUUUACAAACCACACUGCCUACUGUACGCAUGAUUGUCGAUGUCAGUAAAUCUGUACUUGUUCUUACCAAUCAAAAUAUACUGAAGCUGCUCAAGACUAAGGAAGCUAAUAAUGUAGUCGACAUAAAAAGUUGGCCGACAGUUCUUGAUAUGGAUGAUAUGCCAAAAAAGAAGUUGCCAGUGAUGUAUCGAGCACCCACUGCUGAAAUGCUUGCCUAUUUAGACUUUAGUGUUUCAACAACGGGAAUGUUAGCCGGUAUAAAAAUGUCACAUGCUGCUGUCACUUCACUUUGUCGUGCUAUGAAAUUAGCUUGUGAAUUGUAUCCUUCGCGACACAUUGCUCUCUGUUUGGAUCCAUAUUCAGGACUAGGUUUUGCUCUUUGGUGUCUUAGCAGUAUAUAUAGCGGUCAUCACUCUAUUUUGAUACCUCCUUCAGAAGUUGAAGCUAAUCCAGCUCUAUGGUUAUCAGCAGUCAGUCAGUCAAGAGUAAGAGAUACAUUCUGUUCUUAUGGAGUGAUGGAACUUUGUACAAAAGGAUUAGGAUCUUCGGUUCACGCUUUAAAAGCACGUGGUGUUAGUCUCGCAUGUGUAAGAACUUGUGUUGUUGUGGCUGAAGAAAGACCAAGAAUAGCACUUACCACUAGUUUUAGUAAACUAUUUUCUGCUCUUGGACUUAGUCCACGAGCUGUGUCAACAUCAUUUGGCUGUCGAGUCAAUACUGCUAUUUGUUUACAAGGUGCAUCGAGCCCAGAACCAUCGACAGUUUAUGUAGAUCUUCGAGCACUUCGUAACGAUCGAGUUUCUCUAGUAGAACGUGGAAGUCCUCAUUCUUUAUGCUUAAUGGAAUCUGGAAAACUUCUACCUGGUGUAAAAGUGAUAAUUGCAAAUCCUGAAACAAAAGGUCAAUGUGGUGAUUCACAUUUAGGAGAAAUUUGGGUACAAUCAGCUCAUAAUGCCAGUGGAUACUUUACUAUUUAUGGUGAUGAAAGUGAUUAUGCAGAUCAUUUUAAUGCUCGAUUGGUCACUGGAAAUACUGGUGAAGUGUAUGCAAGAACUGGAUAUCUUGGCUUCUUAAGACGUACUGAAUGUGUUCAACAAUCAGCUGUUGGUGAAGUACCUGGUGAUAAUAUAAGUGCAGAUGUUGAUAUUGUACCAGGUGAUGCUGAAUUACAUGACGCUGUUUUUGUUGUUGGUGCUCUCGACGAAGCAAUUCUAUUGCGAGGCAUGCGUUAUCAUCCUAUCGAUAUUGAAAAUAGUGUAAUGCGGUGUCAUAAAAAAAUUGCAGAAUGCGCUGUGUUUACUUGGACUAAUUUACUUGUGGUUGUUGUUGAACUAAAUGGAAGUGAGAGCGAAGCUUUGGAUCUUGUUGCUCUUGUUACUAGUGCUGUUUUGGAGGAGCAUCAUUUAGUUGUUGGUGUCGUCGUAGUCGUUGACCCCGGAGUGGUGCCGAUCAAUUCACGAGGAGAAAAACAAAGGAUGCAUUUGCGGGAUGGAUUUUUAGCAGAUCAAUUAGAUCCCAUUUAUGUAGCGUAUAAUAUGUAAACGAGCUUGAGAGUAGCGAAAAAAAUGAUUAAUAAUUUAAUUUAUAUUGUUUAUUUCUUGAUAAUUAAUUGUAGUCAAAGACCAAUUAUUGUCAUCACAAUACAUCGACAUAGUCGAUUAACGAUUAGUUUUAUUUUUUGGACUCCCUAAUGGGUGAAAACAUUCUUAUAUCAAUUUAUUUAUCCAUAAUUCAUAAUUUAACGUAAUAUAAUCUCCGAAUGUGUUUUUAUCUUCAAACCCAUUCAGAAUUAUAAUUUUAACAUUGACGAAUGCCGAAAAUGAAAUAUUUUUCGAAUAACGUAUUGAUUCGAAAGUAUUCAAGGGCAGCUAUUUGUAAAUUAUUGAUUUUUUUUCUUUAAACUCCUCUUCGUAUUUGGAGUAGACUGAAAGAUCGAUCGGACAAUACAUAUUUAUCGUUUUUAUAGUCACGUUCAAUAAAAUAAAUAUUUAAAGUCACAAACAUUAAUUCAUAUUUAUAUAUUUGUAUUGAUCCCGUAAUCAAUUAGACUACGUAUAGUUUUCUCUUAUCGUCGAUCUUAAACAACUACAUUGUUUUUACGUAACAUAAUCUGAUAUUUGUAAGCAUUAUAUGCUUUUCCUAUUCAAUUAAAGAGCUAAAAAACGUAAAAAAAAAAAAAAAUGUGAUCGUUAGCGCUUAAAUUUUACUUUAUUAAUAUUAUAAUUCAGGCUCAAAUUUACUCUUAUAAAUACUUAUACAAUGAUAAUUCAGUCAAUAUUCAU